UCACCACUUUAAUCCAGCUUACGGCCGACAAACCACUCUUCUCUAUCAGUAUGCCCUUGAAUAGAUGAGGCUAUACAAAGUCCUUUGCUCUUAAAUGUAUUGCUGUCACUGAGAAUAUUUGGAGGUUUUCUCUUGGGUUUGUUUGGAUUUUUUUUUUUCCAGCUUUUGUCUGAAUUUUGGUUUUAUUUUUCUGAGGCAGAGAAAAUGGCCUUCCUUAUGAAAAGUAUGAUAAGUAACCAGGUAAAGAAUUUAGGAUUUGGUGGUGGGUCUGAAGAAAAUAAAGAAGAAGGAGGUACAUCUGAUCCUGCAGCAGCUCAUGGGAUGACUAGAGAGGAGUAUGAGGAAUAUCAAAAGCAAAUGAUUGAGGAGAAGAUGGAAAGAGAUGCUGCAUUUACACAGAAAAAGGCAGAGAGGGCAUGCCUCAGAGUUCAUCUCAGAGAAAAAUAUAGACUUCCAAAGAGUGAAAUGGAUGAGAAUCAAAUCCAGAUGGCUGGAGACGAUGUGGAUUUACCCGAAGAUCUCCGGAAAAUGGUAAAUGAAGAUCAAGAAGAGGAAGAAGAUAAAGAUUCUAUUCUUGGGCAGAUACAGAAUCUCCAGAACAUGGACUUGGAUACCAUAAAAGAAAAAGCCCAGGCUACCUUCACUGAAAUCAAGCAGACAGCAGAGCAGAAGUGUUCUGUGAUGUGAGGGUGGGAGGGGUAGAGGGAGGGCUCGAGCCAUCCUUGGAAAAGACCACUCUCCUGUGGGACGUUCCAAACAGUACCUGUUUUAACAUAGUGAACACGGUUAGGAAAACCACGAUGAUCUAUUGAUAGAUAAUGAUUGGUUGUUCUAAAUAUUCCUGGCAGAGCACUAGCUAGCACCUUGCAGCAAGAACCAUACUUUUCUCUUAGUUAUAAGUGAGAUGGACUGCAAAAUUUCAGUCGUAAAUGGUGAUGCCGAACAUGUAUCUGCUUAAAGACCUUGAAUGAGCCAGGAAGAAACAAAAGCAAGUGGCAUUUCCUCUCCAGCUUUCUUCCUUAGAGGCCAAGUUCUCAGCCUGUCCAGCUAUUCACAGGACACCAGGUCCCUUCAGAGAAAGAGGUGAAGAGUCUAGGUGUCCACUCCUUGGAGGGCAACCCUCUAAGGAGCCAGGAUGCCCACAGGGAGCUGAGGCCGCAGACUCCAGGGCAAUCAAAAGUCACCCUCACCCUUCAACCUCUCAGGCUCCUUGAAACUUGCCAGUGAUUCUCAUCAAGUUUGGUCCUUGGACAAUUCUCAGCCAAGUGGCAGUAGCGGGGAUGUGGUGAAUGGUGAGGAACUGAGGCAGGAAAUGGACCUCACCAGCCCUUUGCAUUGGAGAUCAUCAUUCUAGAGGCCAUGUGAAAAAUGGACUCGAGGGAGGCACAGUUAGAGGCAGAGGAAAACCAGGGAGGCGACUGCUCUUUUUGAGUUGAGCUUAACCCUGUACUUGGUGAUAGCAAUGCGAACACAGUGGGUAGACUAACAGAGAGCAUUAAGAAGUUAAAUCAGUCUCUCUCUCUCUCUCUCUCUCUCUCUCUCUCUCUCUCUCUCUCUCUCUCUCUCUCUCUCUGUCUGCUCCCAACCUCUCUCUCAUCCCCUUCUGUCCUUCCUGCCCAAUCUCCCUCUCUCUCUUUUUUUCUCUUCUCCUGUCCCUUCCCAUCCCACCCCUUCAGGCUACGUUCCAGUAAAUCACACUGUCAUUUGGUGCCACAGGCUUUCAGGGUAGAUGCUGAUUUUUUCCCCCUAAUAUCUGCUCUCUUUCAAAAGGAAUAAUUCAAAAGACUUAGGACAAUUACAACCAAACACUUGGAGCUAUUUAGCUAAAGCCCAUCAAACCAAAACGAAAUACUGUUUUUUUGGUGAAUCUGUUCAUAUGGUGAAUAAGGAUCAGAAACAAAUUUUGUCAAGAAGAACUGCUCUAUCAAAGGAAAAGGAAACUAGGACUAAAAACUUAGGGUCUAACUUGUUCUAAACCCAGCGUUCCCAAAUGUGUUGUAUAAGAAGUUUCAUGUUAUAAAAGUAUUCAAAUAAAACAAAUGACUAGAGGUCCACAACCUUUGGUCCUUGGAAAAGUUUAGCCUCUCUCAGAAGUUCCCGGGAGGACAUUGGUGCAAUGGCUGAGGCUAAUUAACCUUCUAGUCCACAAACUCAGAUGCCGGGGUUACAUCUUAAAGCCAUGCUUAUCUUUUAUCAGAAAUGGCAUGGGAGUUGUGAUUUGUUUCAGAGCAAAACUUUACAAUACUUCUUUGGAAACUACAAUAUAAUAGAUAAGAUUUGUCUUCAGUUUCAUGCUUGACCCUGUCCUGUGGUUGGCGGGGGUGGGUGGUAUGGACGGGUGAGAGGAGCGCAUGUGGCCUGAUGUUUGUAUACUUUGUAUAACAAAAUACUACAGCUGCCAAAUUGUUCCACAGACUAGCCUCAGGAUGACAUGGAAGAUGGGCUUUCUUGUAAAAGAUGCAGCCAGUUCUGCUAAGGAAAUCAUGAACACUUCCUCUUGACCCUCAACGUUACUUCAGUAUAACUUGGUCAUUGUCUAAUGAAGCUCUGCAGCUGCUAGAAGACUCUGACCAUGAUUCCUCACAUAUCACACUGCACAGCCCCAUGACACAGCCCAGUACAUCACAUCACCCCACACGAUGGUAUCCCACAUCAUGUUACCCCAGACCACAACCUAUCACCACAACACCGCACCCCACACUAAUCCACCCCUCCCUCAGCAAACCACCCCGCCCCAAUCAACACCAAAUCACAUGUGUGUGGGUUGGGAGACAGAGGGCAUGUAUUAGGAUAUCCAGAAGGCCCCUUUCUCUCUAGAGGGCAGAUAGGUGUCUCUGCUGUAUGAUGUCAAUGGGCACAAAAAGGUCUCCCAUCAUCAAAACCUAGAAUCCAACAAUUAUAAAGGACUAGAGGGGAAUCUAUUUCAAUCUCCCAUACAAUAAAGGGACCCUUUCCAAGUUAUCCCAGUUGAGCCUUAUUUGAAAGCUUCCAAUAGUACAGAAUUCACUAUCUGCUACUCCAAGGAAAUUUGACAACCAGUCAUUCCAUUUGUAGACAAAUCUAGUUGUUAGAAAAUCCUUCUCUUAAGCUGAAAAUGGUCGCAUCUUUAAUCCACUGGUCAUUGUUCUGUUGAACGGAGCUGCAGAUUGUGCCUACAUUCCCACUCAGGCUUUGAUACAUCCCCUCUCAGUUUGCUCUUCAUCAGGAAGACAUCCUUACUUCUUUUUGUAAAUUCUCAUCAUACAGUGGGAACGCUGUAAACCCACUGGGUAAUUGAGCUCUGACUGCCAGCGUCUACGAGUGUAGCCAGCCAUGCAGAAAACCGCGAUGCUGUCGCCUUCCACAGCCUGCCACUGGACUUGAUGCUUGAAGCCAUUCCUGAGCCAACUCAUGGUCAGGAAUAAAGAUUUUAGUCCCAAUUCCACUAGCACAUGACCUUGGACAAGUCAUUUAUUCUAUCUGGAAAUCCAUUUUCUCAACAGUGAAAAUCAAGGGGCUGGCUUACUCUACCUUCUGUAAUUCAUUCUGUGGUUUCAGGGUGGUCACUGUGGAGAUUUAUCUUGCGGAAGAGAACACAUUAGCCCAUUAUCACUGCCACAUAACUAGGUUUCAGUCCCUUUACUAGCUUCAACUGGGCGAAGGGACACCUGGCCCCAUGGGUGAGGGGGAGGAAGAGAGAGUUUUGAUAGAUACUGCAAGAGAGAGGAUCAGGAACAUGGAGUGUUGCCCAUGGAGAGAAAAUCUAGAGAUCCUGGUGGGAGGGGCGGGUUGGGGAGUUUCUAUCCAGGCAGAAGGAAACAUAGUGACUUUGGGGAGAGGUGCUGAAGAAUAAAUUCCAAAAAGACAAAUUAAAUGGACUUCCCAAUUUUGCUUAGAGUUAGUCUAGUCCCAAUUAGAUAUGAGCGGCUACAGUACAAUGAAGCAGGAGUUCUACUUUUGAAAGACAGUUCAUAUGGUGAGCUUGGUUAUCCAGAAACCAACUAAUCUAGUUUGUGAGUUAUAUAAGUACCUCAGUUUUUGCUUCUGGCACUAGAAAUUUAGUCAAAUUCCUGCUUACAAACAGAACCAUCAGUGAGAGGAGUAAAAUUAAACGUGAAAAAUCUAGACCUUACAGCUUCUGAUAAUAGAGAAUAAGUUCCUGCUGGAUCAACCCUCCUGGGAAUAAAAACUUUAAACUAUAAACAAAAUACAGAGAAACAACUGCCUGAAUGCAUUGGAAGCAGCCAGAAGCAGGUCCACACUGGAGAGAAAUGAACCCUGAACUGGGAAGAAGAAAAAAAGCACUGGUGAGUUUUCCUUUGCUUACAGGUUUCAUCUGAGGGCAGACCCCACUUGAAGCCAAAUAAGACAAUUAAAACCCAGAAAACCUCCAGCCUUAAUGGCUUGAAGAACCAGCAGAGUUUGGAGUGCCCACAGCAGCUCAAAAUGAAAGAGUGAAUCCUAGAAAGGAGAUAGCGAUAGGAGGGGGAUGCUGAAUUCUAUGUAUAAAGUCUCUUCAAGAUCCUGGAUCCCGGCUAAUCCCUGAAUGAUGCAUAGAGUAGGCAUACUCCAAGCAGCCAGUGAAGGCUAAACAAACUGAACUGAGAAUUCUGUUACUGCCCACUUAGGAGAAACAGAGUUUUGAGUUUGAAUCCAGCCACUUUUGCUGACUGUGAAACAGACGAACAAAUGGAAGUAAUCUUCAGAAAAACAUAACAGAACUCAGCAAAGUAAGUAGAAGGAAGGAAACACUAGAGAGCACAAAUUAAUGAAAUAGAAAACAGACAAACAGUAGAAAAAAUUAAGAAGUCCAAAAGUUGGUUGUUUAAAAGAUCAACAAACUUGACAGACACCUAGCUGAAUUGCUUAAGAUAAAAAUAAGCGUACACAAAUGACCAAUGUGAAAAUUGAAAGAGGGGAUACACUACAGAUCCUACAGACACUCAAUAAUGAUAAGGGAAUAUUAUGGAGAACGUUAUGCUAAUAAAUUUGGCAGAUAUUUGAGUGAACUUAACAAAUUCCUUGAAAAUAAUGUGCUUCCCAAUACUGAUGCCAGAUAUAUAGAAUAACCCUAUAUCUUAAAAAAAAGAAAUAAUUAUUAAAACCCUUCCCACAAAGAAAACACAAGCUUAGAUGGCCUCACUAGUGACGUUUAUCAAAUAUUUAAGGAAAAAUAGCACAUUCUUGCCCAAACUCUUUCAGAAAAAAGAAGACAUUCUUCUCAAGUCAUUUAAUAAGGCAAAUAUAACCCUGAUCCGAAACCUUACAAAAACAUUAUUAAGAAAAUUGAAGACCAAUAUCCCUGUUGAAUUUAGAUUUUUAAAAUCCUUAGCAACUAAUAGAAAAUAAAAAUCCAGGCUCAACGUGGUGGCUCAUGACUGUAAGCACUUGGGAGGCUGAGGUGGGCAGAUCAUUUGAGAUCAGGAAUGUGAGACCAGCCUGGCCAACAUGGUGAAACCCCAUGUCUACUGAAAAUACAAAAAAAUUACCUGGGCAUGGUGGUGUACAUCUGUGGUCCCAGCUACUUGAGAGGCUGGGACAUAAGAAUCAUUUGAACCCAGAAGGAGAAGGUUGCAGUGAGCUGAGAUCACACCACUACACUUCAGCCUGGGAGACAGAGAGAGACUCUGUCUCAAAAAGAAAAGAAAGAAAAGAAAA